AUGGCCUCGGCGUUCAGACCGCGGUUCCGAUGCGGCCAGAUCUUGCUAGCAACUUUGUUCUCGCUGCCGCCACCGCCGCCACCGCCUUUGCCAAACAUCUCGCUAACGACUGCCGCUCUGCGUGCUUCUGGCCCCGAGAGACUGCAAAGCUGCCCUGCACGCAACGACAACAGCAGCGGUAACAACAACGUUAACAGCACUGCCGCGGACUUCUUGCCAUCAUCCUUACCUUCUUCUAGCAGCUUGCCUGCUAGUUUCCUUAAUUCGGCCUUGGCCAUGAGCGACGCAGCUGCUGCGCGGAUGGGUUCUUUGGCGCCAGUGGCGGCCCCCGGGUUGCCCGCGGGGGGAGCCUACGCCGCAUUGAGCAAUGCUGUCGGUAGCACUGCCGUUAUAGCAGCUGCCGCUGCCUCCGGCCUCCAUGCCGCCAUGGCGCAGACGGCGACUGUACAUGUUCAGCCUCGUCUGUUGCAGGCGCAACAGCCGUCGUCAGUACUUGUGGCCUCGCAGCUGCAGACGCCCGGCUACAGCAGCCUCCGGGAGCCCGUGCGCUGUGUGGCACAGCUUGGUGCGGCCGGCACACGGGUCGCUGUCCGGGGCCAUUCCGAUUCGCAGCUACAGUUGCAGAUCAUUCCUCAACAGCCUCAACAACAGCCUCAACAACAGCAGCAGCGUGGGAAGUUACGGCUGUCAAGCCAACGGCGAGUGCGGCCGCCGUCCCCGGCGCUUCCUGCCAUGCCCUCGACGCCGCCCCAGCUGGGGUCGCUGGGCCCCGAGGAUUGGAUUCUGCACGUUAUUAAGUGUCUAGGUAUGAGCGAGCCAGAUACGGCACGUCUUUCGCUCCACUGCUGGCGGCGAGUCUCUGAGCUGCCUCAGCUGCACCAUGCGACGCGGCUGUGGCCAUCUGCCCCUGCCGGCAAGAAACUCUACGCGACAGCGUGCCUGUGGGUCAGCAUCAAGCUGGAGGAGAAGCGCCGCGAUGCCCCAGGGGGGGUGGUUCUGUCCCACCUGGCCGCUGCAACCCCGGGGGACCUAUGCGCGGCGGAGUUGGCGGUCAUGAACUGGCUCAACUGGAGGCCGUACGACGGGCCAGUUAUCGCCGCCAGAGGGCGAUUGGUGGUGCAGCUGCUAGCGCCGCUUCCAACUACCCGCGUCCCUACUCGGGAGAGCGGAGUGGUACAGUGGGAGCGUCUUCAGCGAAUCUAUAUACCGGGGCACGAGGAGGAGACGGUGGCCAUGGUGGCGGGGGCUCUCCUGAAUCAGAAGGCGAUGCCCACCGCCACGUGCGAGGUGUUUACCAUAGAGGAGAUUGUCUUCAGCUGCCAAGGUACCCUCCCCCGUUUCGGUCCUCCAGUCGCCGCAGCGAAGAAGCAAUACAUGUUGUCGACCAUGGUACGCGGUAAGCAGAAUUCCUUGCCUAACGAGCCCGUGGCUUCGGAAGCCGGCGCUGCCGCUGCCGCCGCUGCCGCCGCCGCCUCAUUGCAACGAGCCAACAGCGCACCGCCCAGCCGAAUGCUCACCUACAAAGGCCGCCUAUCCAUUGCGACAAACAGCGCGGACUGGGGCCCACAACCAACAGAACCAACCGCAGCUGCUGGCGGCGGCGCCGUCGUCAACGGAAUCAGCGGUACCCAGAUCAUCCCGUUGGAGCCCACACCAGCUGCAGCGCCGGCCGGUUCUGUAGUAAAGCCGUACGGCUUCCUUCCACCGCCCUCCACGCCGCCGCCGCUGAAGCCCCGAUGGCCGACCGCCCGCCUUGUCUCCUCCCGUCGUAGCGCCGCCGCAGCUUUCACCUCCUUCGCCGCAGCACCCACAGUCGCCCUGAGGAUCACAGGCCUGGGUGGUACAGCCCCCACCGCCGGGACCCCGACCAAGCCCGCCACCCCGGCCGCCUCAGCUGCUGCACCAGCGCCUCAGCGCACACAGGCCCCCGCCGAUACUAAAACACAGCCUCCACGACGGUUCCACAGCCACCGCACCCGCUGUCUAGCGGACAACCUGGCCUUCCUCCACCGGGGCAACACCCACAACCCGCCCCUCAACGAGCGAAUCAGCCGGCUGCUGGACGUGGUCCUGCCGCCGCCCUCCCCCACCUCGCUUACACUCCAUGCCAUACCGUCGCCCAUGACACCGCCAGCGCCCGUGCCGCCGCCGCCUCCGGAAGCGAUGGCGCAUCUGGACCGCGCCUUGCAGUUGCGCCGGGAGGUGGUUGUGGCGCAGCGUUACAAAGCGGAUGGCCUUGCUGCCGUGGCGGAUACGAUGACGGGGGCGGUCGUGCGCUGGAGCAGCCGGCGCGUUGGCGUUGGCGGCACGGGCACAGGCACUGGCGGGAUGCCCGCCCAAGGUACGGCGUUGCCGGGCAUCAGCGUCAAUGCGUCUGGAUACUGGAAGGCCCGCGGUGCGGACUGGGUUGACGGCGGCGGUGGGGUCGGCGGCGGCGGCGGCCUUGGUGUUGUCCUGGGGGGCAUCACCGGCUCCAUCAGUGUCCCGCUGCCCGGGGUGCACCAUCGGAACGAAGGAGCAGAUGCCGUGGAGGGCGUCUGGGGUCUGCCGUACAUGCCGGAGAAUGACGCCGCCUCUGCUGCUAUGGCCUCUGCCGCUGCUGUUGCGGCCUCUGCCAUGCGGAAUUCAAGCACCGAGGCGCUGCAUCUCCAGGGAGUGUCGUACAGGGCUGCCAAGGCAGCCACCCGCGCAUUGGCUGAAGUGCAGCGUCCGGGCACUUCCCUGCGGAUGCAAGGUCCCCUAGUGCUUGACGAAACACCGCAAUACCCGCCGUACCUGCAACAGCAUCCGCCGAACCAGCAGGACCAGCAGCAGCAUCCCCCGCCCCGGCAGCACCAGCAGACACACCCCAGGGCUCGCUCGCAUUCGCACCCACAGCCCCCCCCCACUGCGGCGCCGGUCUCCAUUUGGAUCUAG